CACACGCACGCGCCUCCCUGCAGCAGCCCGUCUGCUUUCCAGGACCAGCUGUUUCGUGGCGGAGGCGCCGGGCAGGGGCUCGGGCAGCGCAGGCCCCAAUCACUUGCUCGCGCUGCUCCUCGCGGCGCUGCUCCUCGCGGCCCUGCUCCUCGCGGCCCUGCUCAGAGCCCAGGUCCGGCUCCACACUGGUCCUGAGAGUCAGGCCCAGGCGCCCUCGUUGCUGCUGCCUCGCCCGCUGAUUUCUGUUAUCCCAGCCUCGCCUCCCAGGAAGACGGCGCACUCACGACUCUGGACUCGCUGCUGCCCCUGCUUCCUCUCCGAGAUGGGCAGCUCUGCUGGCUUCAGCUCAGGCCUGGCCCUGCUCCAGGUGCAGGAAGGAGGGUAAGGAGGGCCGCGAGGCGGGCGCACCCGCACCUGUCGCAUGGGCCUUCCCGAUGCUUCCAAGCAUGAGCGGUGAUGUCCUCUAGCCGCCCCUGGUGACAGCAGCUGACUGACCGGGACUGGGAGUUUCUCCACGACAAGGGACGGCACUGCAGUCCGCAAUGACUGUCCAGAAAGUGGUGGCCACAGCUGUGCUGGUGGCCCUCGUCUCUCUCGUCCUCAACAAUGCAGCGGCCUUCACCCCCAACUGGGUGUACCAGACGCUGGAGGACGGGCGCAGGCGGAGCGUGGGGCUGUGGCGGUCCUGCUGGCUGGACCGGGCCCGGGCAGUGCCAAGCCCAGGGGCCAGGCCCGGGCAAGUGGAGGCAUGGGACUGCGAGGCCCUGGGCUGGGGCUCGGAGGCGGCGGGCUUCCAGGAGUCGCGAGGCACUGUCAAACUGCAGUUUGACAUGAUGCGAGCCUGCAACCUGGUGGCCACGGCGGCGCUCGCUGCAGGCCAGCUCACCUUCGUCCUGGGGCUGACAGGUCUGCCCCUCAUGUCGCCUGAUUCCCAGUGCUGGGAGGAGGCCAUGGCCGCUGCGUUCCAGCUGGCAAGUUUCGUCCUGGUCAUCGGGCUGGUGACGUUCUACAGGAUCGGCCCGUACACCAACCUGUCCUGGUCUUGCUACCUGAACAUCGGCGCCUGCCUGCUGGCCACCCUGGCGGCGGCCAUGCUCAUCUGGAACGUCCUGCACAGAAGGGAGGAUUGCAUGGCCCCCCGCGUCAUCGUCAUCAGCCGCUCCCUGACUGCGCGCUUCCGCCGCGGGCUGGACAACGACUACGUGGAGUCGCCGUGCUGAGGGCGGCAGGUGGCUGCUCGGGACUCUGUCCGCCAUGGGGACUCCCCAUGGGAGCACGUGUACGACACGCGUUCAUUACGUUAUAUGUCAACACAUGGUGAGACCACAUACCGCCUCCCCCCCCCCACCCCACGGCCCGCUUCACGCUCGCACAUGUCCAGGUCUGGAGACCAGCUCUGGGGAGGCGUGUCCGGGAGGGCAGCCGCCUCGUUCCCUGCCAUGGCCCGGGAGUAAUUUAUUCUGCAUCUGCUGAGAGGGGCGUCCUAGGUCAUAUUCACUUUGAUAAAGCGGAACAUGGGGAAGAGUUCCUUGAACUGUCCAUGAUCUUCCUCUAGGGACUCAGACUUUACAGUCAGGUGGUUAUGGCUUUACAACAGGAUUGUGUUAGGGAUGUCCAUUUAUUCCUAUCUUCCUAACUUAAAAUAAAACUCAAACAUCUU